AUGGCCACGACGGCCAACCCGACAGAAGAAUCAGUUGAUGAAGUGAUGAGUGAGAACAGUUUUAACCCCCUGGAGAGGAUCAUUCUGACCUUCUUUCUGGCAUCUAUUAUCAUUAUGACUGUCCUUGGUAACCUGCUGGUGAUGGUGGCACUGUCGAGAGACAAGCAGCUGAGGAAGAAGAAGACCAACUACUUCAUUGUCUCCCUGGCGUUUGCAGACCUCCUGGUGGCUCUUUUAGUGAUGCCGUUUGCAGCGAUAGAGCUCAUCACAAGCCAUUGGAGUUACGGAGAGACGUUCUGCCUGGUGCGCACCUCGCUGGAUGUACUGCUCACCACAGCAUCUAUAUUGCACCUGUGCUGCAUUGCCCUGGACAGGUACUAUGCGAUUUGCUGCCAGCCACUGGUCUACAGGAACAAGAUGACGCCUGUGAGAGUGUCUCUGAUGCUGGGGGGGUGUUGGGUAAUUCCCUUGUUUAUCUCCUUCCUCCCCAUCAUGCAGAACUGGAAUGCCAUUGGCAUUGAGGACAUUAUUAAGAAGAGGAAGCUCAGCCACAGCUCAAACAAGCCAUCCUGCAUAUUUAUGGUUAACCGACCAUACGCCCUUGUCUGCUCAGCUGUGGCCUUCUAUGUGCCCCUGGGCCUGAUGAUCCUUGCCUACCAGCGCAUCUAUGUGACGGCUAUGGAGCACGCUCGGCAGAUCCGGAUGCUUCGGCGUGCUGGAUCCACUCCCAUAUCCUCUUACUACAGUCAUGAACACCCUGGUUCCAGCCGCAUGAAAAUUGAGACCAAGGCGGCCAAGACGCUGGCAAUCAUCAUGGGCUGCUUCUGCCUGUGCUGGGCACCAUUUUUCAUCACAAAUGUUCUGGACCCCUUUAUCAAGUAUAGUGUGCCAUGGCAGAUGUGGACCACAUGGCUGUGGCUGGGAUAUAUUAACUCGGGCUUAAACCCAUUCCUCUAUGCCUUUCUGAACCGGGCUUUUCGCAGAGCUUUCCUCAUGAUCCUGUGCUGUGGAGACAUGCGCUAUGCCCGCCAGGGGAGCUUUAGCCCAAGCAGGCCUUGCUCAGCAUCUGUGAACGGAACAUCCAUUGCACUCAGGAGCACUUUUAUCGAGGUACCGUCUCCAGUUCUACCAGAGCCUCUGGCACACAGAUUCAAUGGACAGGCCCCUAAUAAUAGGUUGUCAUUUCUUCCAAACCGAAGCUACAGUGACAACGGCAAACGAAUCCUUUCUAGUGAACAGGAAUCUUUGGAUUCUGCUGGUGUUUUCUAA